AUGCACGCAUCACUCAUUCGUCGCCAGCUCGGCGGACUGGUACCUCCAAAAAUUGCUACACCCAAGUCGGUAUCUGGAGGAUCUGGAGACGGUUUAGGCCCUCUUGUUAAUUUCUACUCCAAAUUGCCAAAGGGCGCUGCGACUGCUCGCAUAUCUGGGAUCAAGGGCCGUUUUUUCAACGGUGCCAACGCUUCUGGAGCUCCUCUUCUCGCAUUGAUUGGGGGUCUAUUCGGUAUUGGAUAUACAAUUGAUUAUCAUAUGCACCUGAAACAUCACAAGAACCAUGCCCACUGA